AGCCCCGUGUGCGCCGAGCCAGGCAUGGGCGUGAGCGAAACGGGGAUCGAGUCGGGGCUGGAAGCGCUCGUGGAGCCCGCUGAGGGCUCCAGCCACGAGCGGUGCUCCGGCGGCCUUUGUGCAUUGUGAGGCUUUCUAAGAAUUCGCGAACUGCUGAUGCUCGUCGAGCUAAUUAAACCCAUUCAGGCUGGUGUUACUGCGUUAUGCUUAGGGGCAGAAAAUUUUUCCUGUGGUGAUUUAUAGCUACCCAUAACCUUCCACAGUGGUUGCCUUAUCAACUUAUUAUUCUGGCAUCUUCUGCUCUUGUUAGUAAACAUAGAGCUAAGUACUGCUAAUCUCAAGAGAGAGACUUCGUGCAGUAUGUUCUGUACAAAACUGAAAGACUUGAAGAUCACAGGAGAAUGUCCUUUCUCCUUACUGACUCAAGGUCACAUUACUGAGGAACAUGACAAGGACUGCACAGAAAACAGCUCUAGAGCAGCUUUGCCCAUCUGCAAAGAAGUCCAUGAAAAAGAUGGUCAAGGAAACCUUCCACAAAGGAAAACGAGCAGAAGUAGAGUGUACCUGCACACACUAACUGAAAGCAUCUGCAAACUAAUCUUUCCUGAGUUUGAAAGGCUAAAUCUUGCACUGCAAAGAACACUUGCAAAACACAGAAUAAAAGAAACCAGGAAAACUGGUGAUAGAGAAGAUUUUGAAAAAAUAAUCAGUGAUCAUGCUAAUGCAGCAGGUGUUCCUGUGGAGUCUCUACGGGAAUCUCUUGGUGAAGAGCUAUUCAAAAUAUGCUAUGAAGAGGAUGAACACAUAUUAGGGGUUAUUGGAGGCACCCUUAAGGACUUCUUGAAUAGUUUCACUACUCUGCUGAAGCAGAGUAGCCACAGUCAAGAAGCAGGAAAAAAGGACAGACUUGAAGAUGCCUCCAUAUUAUGCCUGGAGAAAGAUCAGGACUUCUUAAAUGUUUAUUAUUUCUUUCCUAAGAAAAUCACAAGUCUUAUUCUACCUGGUAUCAUAAAAGCAGCAGCUCAUAUUUUGUAUGAAGCUGAGGUGGAAGUGAUGCUCAUGCCUCCUUGUUUCCAUAAUGACUGCACUGAGUUUGCUAAUCAGCCUUAUUUGCUGUAUUCUAUACAAGUCAAAAGUGCAAAACCUUCUUUAUCUCCAUGUAAACCACAGUCUUCACUUGUUAUUCCUGCCUCUGUGUUCUGUAAGACUUUCCCGUUUCAUUUUAUGUUUGACAAGGAUAUGUCAGUUCUUCAAAUUGGAAAUGGGAUACGAAGACUUUUGACCAGGAGAGAAUUUCAAGCUAAGCCCAAUUUUGAAGAGUAUUUUGAAAUUCUUACCCCCAAAGUAAGCUGCACUUUUAGUGCAAUAAUGACCAUGCUAAAUAUGCAGUUUACUGUACGAGUUAGAAGAUGGGAUAAUACUGAUAUGAAACCAUCCAUGGUAAUGGAUCUUAAAGGCCAAAUGAUUUAUAUUCUUGAAUCCAGUGCCAUUCUAUUCUUGGGAUCUCCCUGUGUGGACAGACUAGAAGAUUUUACAGGACGUGGAUUGUACCUCUCUGAUAUUCCCAUUCACAAUGCUUUGAGAGAUGUUGUUCUGAUAGGAGAGCAGGCCAGAGCCCAGGAUGGACUGAAGAAGAGGUUAGGAAAGCUCAAAGCAACCCUUGAGCAGGCCCAUCAAGCACUUGAAGAAGAGAAGAAGAAGACUGUAGAUCUUCUGUUUUCAAUUUUUCCUGGAGAGGUUGCUCAGCAGCUGUGGCAGGGACAAGUUGUACAAGCCAAGAAAUUUAAUAAUGUCACAAUGCUUUUUUCUGACAUUGUUGGAUUCACUGCCAUCUGUUCCCAAUGCUCACCUAUGCAGGUUAUCACCAUGCUUAAUGAGCUUUAUACUCGCUUUGAUUACCAAUGUGGAGAGCUAGAUGUCUACAAGGUUGAGACUAUUGGAGAUGCCUACUGUGUUGCUGGAGGCUUACACAAAGAAAGUGAAACACAUGCUGUUCAAAUAGCACUGAUGGCCCUGAAGAUGAUGGAACUGUCAGACGAGGUGGUGUCUCCCCAUGGAGAGCCUAUCAAGAUGCGUAUUGGCCUUCAUUCUGGAUCCGUCUUUGCUGGAGUUGUUGGGGUUAAAAUGCCUCGUUAUUGCCUUUUUGGAAAUAAUGUGACCCUUGCCAAUAAGUUUGAAUCUUGCAGUAUACCUAGAAAAAUAAAUGUCAGCCCAACAACUUACAGGUUGUUAAAGGAAUACCCAGGUUUUGUGUUCACACCGCGCUCUAGAGAGGAGCUUCCACCAAAUUUUCCAAGUGAUAUCCCUGGAAUUUGCUAUUUUCUGGAUGCUUAUAUUCAAGGAACAAACUCACAGACUUGGUUUCAAAAGAGAGAGCUGGGAGAUGGCAAUGCUAAUUUUUUCGGUGAGGAAACAGGAAUAGACUAAAUUGUACAUCCAAAAAUGUAUAGGAUAAAUUUAUAAAUAUUUGGAUUUUUUUUUGUAUAAAUUGAAAAUUUUUAAAACUGUAUGAAACAUGAAAGCACUUUAGAUUGUUAACACCUGAAAGCCAGUAUUAAAAUUUCAGGAAGUAUGUCACUGACUACUUUUUAUUUCUCCUUUGCAUAAGGAACAUAAUCGCUGAAGUAAUGUUGCAACGUCACUGUUGGAAAUGCUACUAUAAACUGUACUUUUCCCUGUGGUAAUUUGUAAGUGCUACAGUUCUCUCUAUACUGAGAAUUCUAGAUGUAUUGUAUAUGCAGUUUGUCAGGAAAUGUAAUGUGCAAGUGAUGCAGCCACAUGCAGUGUUGUGAGCUGGUGCUUAUCAAUGACUAUGAAAAUGUAUUUUCUUAGAGAUUCCAUAAGAAAAUGUCCAUUAAAAUAUUGUCAUUGCCAUCACAUACUCCUUCCAGUACAUCAUUUGGGCCCCAUCCUAGAAGGCUGCUGACCAUCUUCUCACACUGACUCGUCAAAGUGUGAGGGUGCUCAGCAUUUUCUGGAUCAGCCUGAUAAUUGUAGCUAAUACACAUGCUUAGCAGAGUUGCUGCUUACUGUUUCAUGAACUUUAUUUUGUGUAUAAAAUGAAUAUAGAUUGAAAAACUGUAUAAUCACAUACUAACAUCUCUGUAAUCAUCAAACUAUUUUAGUUCUUAGGAUUUUUAAAGUACUUAAAAUAAUAAUAUCCACUUGGUAUUAUGUAUUACAGCAAUAAAUGUUUUCUUUUUGUUGUC